GGCCACACGUCGGGUAGGGGGGGCCAGUGUGGCGGAGCCCUGCAGUACCGUGCCAGACGUGGUGGUCUAGUACCGUGCGUGCAGUCGUGUAGCCGUGCAGUGCCAGUGACAUGUUAACAUUCUAACCUUUUGACACCAUGUUCUCCACUAUGGAACCCCACUUUGGCCAACCCCUUGGAGGAUUUAGUUUCCAGAAGUGAAAAUGGAUGUUGAAGCUCGGCUGGUGCACCUCCUGAGAGUGCUGCUCCUCGCCACCGUCGCUGCCAGCCUGUCCGACCACCGCCUCCCCCUGUCACCCCACGACCUAGGACUCCGCCCUGCCUCGCCCGAGGACGCACCUCCGGACCUGAUAGAAGACACCAACAGGUACCACGACCCGCGGCCUUCAGAGCUCAACAGCACACUGCUGCGGCACAAGCUGGGGAAGAAUCUUGACACUUCCUUCAUGAGUGUUUCACGUCCCAGGGACUCCAAGGAGUUCUUCAACCACUCGGACUUCCUCUUCAGGAGGAACCGCCGAGGACGGCUUGUGCCCGUGGGAGACAUGCCGAGGCACCUGAAAGACAUGGACUUUAAAUUCGUCAGACUCCCGGACGGCACCAAGUUGAGAACGAGGGUGUCAGCGAAGUUAAAGAAGAAGUUGCAACAAUUUCUGUGGGCGUUUACUUCUUGCCCGGUUUCUUACCGCUGGAAGGACCUGGGCUUGAGGUUUUGGCCACGGUGGCUCAAGGAGGGUCACUGUCCCUCGGGGAAGACCUCCUGUUCCAUCCCCCCGGGCAUGAAGUGUCGACCGUCGUCCACUGUCCACAAGACCAUCCUCCGAUGGCACUGCCGCUCUCCGGUGUUCAACAACGCCGCUCUGCAGCCCCAUCACAGGUUGUGUAGUUGGAUCAAGGUGGAAUACCCGAUAGUGACCCAGUGUUCGUGUGCGUGUCCUGGGCAAAACAAUUCCUACUCUUGAACCCCCCCCCCCUUGUACAUUGUAAAUACUGUAGCUAUGAGUGUCAAGCGUGCGAGAUUUGUGUGUGACUUGCUGCUGAACUCUUGUGGUUGAAUUAAUGUUCAAUAUUUCAAGUUCCUAUUUCAUUUUGUUAUUAUUAUAUCUAACUUUAUCCAAUGAAUUUGAAAAUCCAUAAUCAUUAUGUACAAUAAUAGUUAAUUUACACGUGUAUACAGUAUGAAUUGUUUCAAUUUUUCAAUCAUUAUCUUAAUUGUUUCUAGUCCGAUUUAAAAACGUACACUUACACUCUUUUCAAAAUAUAGUAUAAUACUUGAUAAACUUGAUUCCAUUCGAUUUAUCAUUAAAUAUUUCAAGUGAAAAGAGAUUUUUCGAAUUUUUUAGUGGACAUUUACGUAUGCAAAUAUUAGAUAAAAGCUUUAAUUAUUUCAUUUUAACUUUACUAUUUAUGUUUUGCAAUUUGAUAGGUGGACAUCUACAAAAGUUCAGUAGCAGUUGUAGGGUGUGUAAGGUUUGCAAUCGCUUUAUUUAUGUAUUUACCAUUGAUAAGGCUGAACAAAAUAGUGUUAAUAUAAACGUAAUAAGUGUAGUAUUUAUUUUAACAUUACCAUGUUUCAGAUAAAUAAGAAUUAGAACUUGAAUUUAGUGGUCUAUUGAACACUUGGAAAUGAGUACUUUACGUAGUAUUUUGCCACGUGAAGAUGUAUUUUAUAGAUAUAGCACCUCCUAAAAAGACCCAAAAAAUUAUAAGUUAAAAAAAUCAUUACUAAAAAAAUCUCCCAAGAAAACGUGUUACAACUAUUACCUACACAGUAAAAUUUUGCAAUAAAAACUACUAUUUAAAAAGAUAAAUAAUCUGUUAAAUUACUGUAUUACUCUACCUCAACUGUUUCAUUUUCUUCAUUUCGUGAAGUUAUAAAGUUGAUAACAGUAAGUAUUAAGCACCAGUUAAAUACUGUUUUCAUCACUAUUCAUUGAAUGGUUAACAAUUUAUUUGGACCUUUUCACCACUUAUAUUCCGUUCACAAAAUUUAAGCGAUUUGAGGGAAAGUUAACCUUAAUACUUUUUUCUUAAUAUAUUUGGUGCAGCUGAUUGACGUUUUGGCAAACCCCAGCUGUUGAGCUAUUAUUUUAAAGAUAGGAUUAAGAGUGGAGGGGAUUUACAUUUCUUCCCCUCCGCCUAGAUUAUGUGAACGGAGUAUAGUACAGUUUAAGCUACCUUGACGCUAAAUAACCACAAAGACUGAUUCGAUUGCUUUAAUGUAACUUGUUACAGUAUUAAAAUAUGUUCGCUCUUUGUAUGCAUGUUAAACGGCACCGUUUAUAUUCCGUAGCAGUAAGAAUUUAAAUCAGAUGUAAAAUUUUUGAUCAAAUUUAGAUAAUAGAGCGUAUUUUGUAUUUUACUUUUAAAUCAUAAUUUUGUUUGUAAAAACGUGUUUCAGUUUUAAGCAAGUUCGCAAGUGGUUACUAUACAAAAUUGUACAGUGCCUGAACUUUUUGUAUAAUUUCCAUACUUAGGCUGUAAUAUAUAUUAUUUAUAUGAUUUCAAUAAAGACUUGUUAAGCGUAUGGCAAACACGAACAGUUUUCUGACUUGUAAUUGGUACAGUUGUAUUAUUUUUGUGUCCAUAUAUCUUGUUGGACUUGUAUAAAUAACUUUUAAAAUGUGUAACUUAUUCAAACUGGUCGCCCUAGAUAGCAUGAUUAACUUUUUAAGACAUAGUGAAAGGUUUUUUCUUAAAGGACCUUGAGACAACAUGCAAUAAAUAUCCAUAAUUAUUAGGAUUCUGUGU